UCGGGAAAGCGUGUGCCUGGUGAUCAACAUGGCUGCGCUUGUAAAUGGAUUUGUUGAUCCCGUCUCUCGACAAUUAAGUGUUAGUCAGAAUAACUGUGAUAAUCAAGCUCCUACUAAGGAUCACGAUGCCAUCAAAUUAUUUAUCGGCCAAAUACCUCGAAAUUUAGAAGAGAAAGAACUGAAACCUCUUUUCGAAAAUUUCGGUAAAAUAUAUGAGUUAACGGUUCUUAAAGAUAAAUUCACAGGAAUGCACAAAGGUUGUGCAUUCUUGACAUAUUGUGCAAGAGAAAGUGCCAUCAAAGCACAAAAUGCUCUUCAUGAGCAGAAAACUUUACCAGGGAUGACCCGACCCAUUCAAGUGAAGCCAGCUGAUAGUGAAAAUAAAGGAGAAGAUAGGAAGCUUUUUGUUGGUAUGCUGAGCAAACAACAGACAGAUGAAGAUGUCCUGAAAUUGUUCCAGCCAUUUGGUUCCAUUGAGGAAUGUACCAUUCUCCGGGGUCCAGACGGUCAAAGCAAAGGCUGUGCGUUUGUAAAAUUUGAAAAUCCGUCAGAUGCCCAUUCUGCCAUCAGUGCUUUGCACGGAAGUCAAACAAUGCCUGGAGCUUCUUCUAGUCUUGUUGUAAAAUUUGCAGACACUGAAAAAGAGCGUCAAUUAAGGAAGAUGCAACAAAUGUCUGGAAAUGUCAACAUAUUAAAUCCUUUCGUAUUUAGUCACCUUGGAGCAUAUGGAGCUUAUGCACAGAUGGUACAGCAGCAUGCUCUUGCUACUGCUGUUGCACAACAAGGGUAUAUCAACUCAGUCUCUCCAGUUGGAACUCUUCAACUUCCUCCCAUAAGCCCUGUUUCUAAUGGCAUACCAAGUCCUACUUUGGCAGCUAAUUCUGGUAUAAGUGGCCAUCAUCCUUUAACUGGAGCUUUGCCUGCAUGCCCUCCAUCAGCAGUUACAAAUUUUGCUUUGGGAGAGAUUCCAGCGCAGCCUGAUUUAUAUGCUAGUGAUGUUGCUAAUCUGUCCAGGAAUUCCUUUUUCCUUCUGUAUCCUGCAGAUUAUACUGAAGCCUUGGAAAAGGGUCCUGCAUUAGCCAAUGCUGAACCUAUACAACCUGCCACUUAUUCUAGUCUCCCUUCCUUCCCUUGCAUGUCUGCAUAUCCUACAGCAUAUGGACAGUAUGCUGCACCUACCCUCUGUCAACCACCUGCUGUUACUUCACCUGUACAAAGAGAGGGAUUGACGUGGAAGUUUUCGAUGCGUUUAGGUCCUGAGGGAUGCAAUCUCUUCAUCUACCAUCUGCCACAGGAAUUUGGAGAUGUGGAACUGAUGCAAAUCUUUUUACCUUUUGGCAACAUUGUCAGCGCCAAAGUGUUCAUCGAUAGAGUCACCAAUCAAAGCAAAUGUUUUGGUUUUGUAAGUUUUGAUAAUCCACAGAGUGCUCAAGCUGCAAUACAGGCCAUGAAUGGAUUUCAGGUUGGCACAAAGAGGCUCAAAGUGCAGCUCAAACGUCCAAGGGAAUCUGGUCGGCCCUACUGACGUCCAAUUUCUAAGUCUAUUGGUGCCAAAGUAGAUUUCAUCUGAUAAUGUGCUAUGUGUGAGAGAAAGAAGUGCUUUUAUUACAAAAAAAAAAAAAAAAAAAAAAA